AUGUUGGGAUUAGGAGGAUACUUUUAUGGAGGUAAACAAUGGGAAAACAAAGAAGAAACCCCUAUGCCUAAAGAUGUCCCUGAUGUUGAUGAAGUAGGAGCAACAUCAGCACCAUUAUUAUCAGCAUCAUAUUAUAUUGGGGAUAAAUGUAAACCAUUUAAUGAGGACUUUUUAUUAUGUAAAGAAGAACACAAUGGAGGUACUCUAGAAUGUAUGAAAGAAGGUAGAAGGGUGACAAGAUGUGCCAUUUCCGUAUUGAAAGAUAUAAAUAAAUAUUGUUUUGAUGAAUUCAAAUUACAUUAUGAAUGUUUAGAACAAAAUAAUCAAUAUUUUAGUCGUUGUCGUUCAAGUGAAGGGGUUUUAAGUAAAUGUGUUUUUGAUAAUAUGAAAUUGGUUAAAAAAAUUCCUGGUGUUGAACAACAAAUUCAAGAUAAGAAAAAUCCAAUUUAUCCAUCUGAUCCAAAUGAUGUUAAAAAGACCGCAGAAUUUUUGAAAUCAAAAGAAGUUACAGCUGUUGAACAAAGUUAA